UGUCUGUACGUCUUAUGGAGCGAAUAUGGAGUGGCCGGAUCGGUAUUCCCGCCACCACUGUCUGCAGUCUCUGGUCAUUUCCUGGACCGUGUCCACCGUCUCUGGUCUUCUCAUGUACUAUGUCCACAGUCUCUGGUCAUCUCCUGUACUAUGUCUGCAGUCUCUGGUCAUCUCCUGUAUUAUGUGUGCAGUCUCUGGUCAUCUCCUGUACUAUGUCUGCAGUCUCUGGUCAUCUCCUGUAUUAUGUGUGCAGUCUCUGGUCAUCUCCUGUACUAUGUCCGCAGUCUCUGGUCAUCUCCUGUAUUAUGUCCACAGUCUCUGGUCAUCUCCUGUACUAUGUCCACAGUCUCUGGUCAUCUCGUGUACUAUGUCCGCAGUCUCUGGUCAUCUCCUGUAUUAUGUGUGCAGUCUCUGGUCAUCUCCUGUACUAUGUCCACAGUCUCUGGUCAUCUCCUGUACUAUGUCCGCAGUCUCUGGUCAUCUCCUGUAUUAUGUCCGCAGUCUCUGGUCAUCUCCUGUACUAUGUCUGCAGUCUCUGGUCAUCUCCUGUACUAUGUCCGCAGUAUCUGGUCAUCCCCUGUAGUAUGUCCGCAGUCUCUGGUCACCUUCUGUAGUAUGUCUGUAGUCUCUGGUCAUCUCCUG